CGUGGACUUAUUGAGGGGUUAUGCCGAGGCCCAACAGCGCAGGGAAUACAAGGCGGGGUAUGUUUGAGCGAGGGUCUCAUAUCUCCAAGCACGUUCAGUUUUCAUCGUCUGGCUGAGCAUUCAAGUCAUCAUGGCUCCAGAAUCUAUGCGUGCGGUUGUUUUCAAAGGUCCUUACGAGGUUGCCGUUGAAGAUCGACCAUACCCCAAGAUCCAGAAGCCGACUGAUGUCGUGUUGAAGGUCUCGUCUACGGCUCUCUGCGGCUCUGAUUUACAUUUCUACCGCGGACAUCUCAAGUGCCCGCCUGGUUUCAUCUGCGGCCAUGAAUUCGUCGGGACGAUCGUGGAGAAAGGAAAUAAUGUCAAGGGAUUUGGAAUUGGCGAGCAAGUGGUAGUGCCUUUUUAUACAGCCUGUCAAGAGUGCUAUUACUGCGUGCGAGGCCAGGCAAGUCGAUGCUCCAAGGGCGAGCUGUUUGGAAAUUCAGCUCCCGCGAACACGAUCAGUGGAGGCCAGGCGGAGUAUGUACGGGUUCCUUUGGCAGAUUCAACCUGUGUGAGGACUCCUGAGGGUAUUCCCGAAGAAUUGCUGGUCUUGAUGGCGGAUAUCUUCCCCACGGGCUACUUCGCUGCGUCUCGGUUCCUGAAGAACAUCACACCCCGUGAUCGAGAGGAAUACACAGCUGUAGUGAUUGGAUGUGGACCAGUUGGGAUAUGUGCUAUUGCCUGUGCACUGACAAUGGUCAAGACAGUCUAUGCCAUUGACUCCGUACCAGAUCGUCUUGCGGAAGCCGAGAAAAUCGGUGCUAUUCCAUUGAACCUGAACGAUAUCCCGGUGGAGAAGAUCAAAGCAGCAACAGAAGGAAGGGGAGCCGAUGUGGUCUUGGAGAUUGUGGGACAUGCAGAUGCUUUCAUGAUGGCGUUUGACAUGGUGCGACCCUGGGGACAGAUCAGCUCGGUUGGAGUACACACUGAACAGCUUCCUCUCAAUGGACAGCUAUGCUACGGAAAGAACGUCACGAUAGCCUUUGGGCGAUGCCCAGUGCGGUCCAUCUUUGAAGAAAGUCUGGAAAUGCUGCACCAACUACAGGGGAAGGUUGGCUUUCUGUGCGACAAGACCAUGUCGUUGGAAGAUGCAGCGCAGGCAUACCGAGAUUUCGAGGCCAGAAAAGCGCAUAAGAUUGUUUUCAAAAUAAAGGGAUAGGCAUGAUUCAGCUGGGCCUCCUUUUUUUUUCUUUACCAUCCCCACUCCAUACUGCCUUCUCCUUUUUAUUUCUUUUUAUAUGGAACUGGUCAAUGUGAAGCAUCCAAUAUGUACAUGCAGAGCGUACCUUACAUACUGUUCCAAUACAGCGUUCGGUAAUAAACAGGGGUAAUACGGCGUAAUCUGCAAACGGAGUGGCGGAUCGCUCCGUUAUUUCCCCCCUCAUUCCAAAAUUAGCUCCGCAUGCAGCCCAGCAAAUACUGGCUGUUACCAG